AUGUUUCGAAAUCCCCGCGAAAAUCGUCACCUUGACCCAUCCACCCCUUCACUUCCAUCAGUUGGCCGCCCUCCUUCGCCACCCCGCUUCGAUCGACGCCCUAUUCUUCCCGCCAUGACGACUAAAUCCAGUUCAAAGGCCGUCCCUACAAGAUCAAAGUCCAAUGUUUCGAAACCACAGAUGUCACAAACCACACUCGUACCUGGUAGUUGGGGGAAGAAAAGUCCAGCGAAUGGCGGAUUGAAGGGCAAGCCAAAGGCGGCACAGAACGGCAACAUCAUGGCGUUUUUCAAGAAAGCAGAGGAGCAAAACAAUACUCUCUUUCUGAGAGAGCGGGGUGGAACAAAUAAUUCCAUUGGACUGGGGGAAACGGAAGAGGAUAUCGGGUGGGACGAUCACGUCGCCAAUGGCUCGACGGAUACAGCCCAUGCUGGUGGAGAAAGAUAUAAUGAAAUUGCUGGAAGCAACAAGAAGCGGAAAGUGAGCGAAGACAUGGCCGUCACAGCAUGCUCUCCCCCGCCACCAGAAGAUGGGAACGCGGCGCAACCAGUUGGUCCAAUUCCCCUUACUGCUGUAGAAAGUACGAAGAUUACAAAGAAGACUGGUCCUUUUCUCGAUGACUCCGACUCAGAGACCGAUGAAAUGCCAAUUAAAGGAAGAGGUACGAACACAUCACCAAAACCGUCUAUGCUCUCCAUGGAUUCUAAAUCAAUCGAAUCGACUAGCGUAAUCGACAAUCAACUAGACCCUUUUGCGAAACCCGAGUGCCCAUCGCUGGUGAAGAUAGAGACCACAUCGGGAAUUGGAGAGGGAGAUUUUGACGAUUUUGAGGGUCUGGAAGAAGAAGAAGAUCUAGAGGGUGAAGAAUACGACGAGAGACGGUGGAUGGAAGAGCAACAAAAGCUUGAAAUGGCACAAGCUGCCCUGGAGAAUGACUUUGACGACAGAGAGGUACCUGCAAUGUUUCCAACCACCGACACUUCAGAUUUUCAGUUCAAGGUUGAAGAAAGUGCGGCGACAACUUGCCCAAUUUGCAACGCACCACUCGGAGACAUGAACGAACAGGACAUCCUGGUACACGUCAAUGGCUGUCUGGAUGGCAAUACUGGGAAUCCAUCCAUUGCCGACUCUCCGAGGAAGGAAAUGACACCAACUCCGGGCAACGGUCACAAGAUGUUCAAACGCCCUGAUCGUCCUGCCCGUCCAGGACAAGAUAACCCCUUCAUGUUGGGGGAAUCGAGUGUUCAGCCUAAGUCUGCCUUUUCAAGGCUUAUGGCAGGCCAUGCUGAGGAUGCUGCAUGGGCGACUGCUGCUUCGGCGGAGUCGUCAGCCCGUGGAAAGCCAUUUUAUGAACGUACGUGUCCGUUCUACAAGAUCCUGCCAGGGUUUUACAUAUGUGUGGACGCUUUUCGAUACGGCGCUGUGAAAGGUCAACAUGCCUAUUUCCUCAGCCAUUUCCACAGUGACCAUUACGUGGGUUUGACUAAGUCCUGGUCCCACGGUCCAAUUUAUUGCAGCAAAGUUACCGCGAACCUUGUUCGACAACAACUUCGCGUCGACCCAAAAUGGGUAAUUGAUCUUGAAUUUGAGAAAAAGGUGGAGAUACCUGGUACCGAGGGCGUUCAAGUUACCAUGAUACCGGCGAAUCAUUGCCCAGGAAGCUCAUUAUUUCUGUUCGAGAAGGCGAUGGGCAAGGGCAAGAACCCUAAGUUACAGCGAGUUCUUCACUGCGGUGACUUUCGCGCAUGUCAAGCGCACAUAGAACAUCCACUUCUGAAGCCCGAAGUUAUCGAUUCUUUGAGUGGCCAAGGAAGGCAACAGAAACUCGACGUUUGCUACCUUGAUACAACCUACCUCAACCCGAAAUAUGCAUUUCCGCCCCAGGAGCAGGUCAUACAGGCCUGCGCAGAUAUGUGUGUUAGUCUCAACAAGGAACGAGCAGAGGAGAGCGAUGCAUGGGAGCAAGUCAAACGUGACCGAGCAGGUCAAGGCAUGGUCAAAUUCGUUCGCAAAGACAGCCAAGCAGAGGAAACAGUGGAAGGCCGGGACGAUGAAGAGGAUCGCGGUCGACUCCUGGUGGUUGUGGGCACAUAUAGUAUCGGAAAAGAGCGAAUAUGCAUGGGCAUUGCUAAAGCACUAGGAAGCAAGAUAUACGCGCCACCAAACAAGCAACGCAUCUGCCACGCGCUUGAAGACCCGGAACUUGAUGCGCUCUUAACAAAUGACCCUCGAGACGCCCAGGUACACAUGACUCCCUUGUUCGAAAUUCGCGCCGAAACCCUUGACGACUACCUUCGUGAUUACCGGGAUUGCUUUUCUCGGACCGUGGGCUUCAGACCGUCUGGCUGGAACUAUAGACCACCUAAGAGCAGGUUUACAGAGAGUCCAACCAUACAAACAGUUUUACAUUCCGAAAACUGGAAGAGUCAGUUCACUAUGCAAGAUCUGAAUCCUCAACCGGGUAGUACAAAGCGUGCAAGUUGUUUUGGUGUACCAUACAGCGAACACAGCAGUUUUCGAGAGCUGACCAUGUUCUGUUGUGCCCUCCGAAUCGACAAGAUCAUUCCAACAGUCAAUGUUGGCAGUGCAAAAAGUCGCGAGAAGAUGAAGUCAUGGUGCGAGAAAUGGGCACAGGAGAAGAAGAAAAAUGGCUUGUUCAAGUUAGAAGGAGCAGGAACCUGGUAG